AGAGAGCAGGACUGUGGUCCAACCCACUGCGCCAGCGCACCCCCCUAUUUCAAUUUACACCUUCACUCAGUUGCUAUUAUUCACCACCCCUCCGUACGCUGAGCCGUUCCACUGCCUGGUUCCGCUAGAGGGCGCAAGCGAAGGUUCUGUGAGGCUCUUCCUCACGGGCUCCUCUUGCUCCCGACUCGUUGACCUGAGUGAAACACAAUCGCGGAGACGAAAACAUUACGGUACUUCGCGGCGAGCAGCCACAGCGUGAUGGACCAUCUGGCCUCUUUCGGAAGUGACCCGUUCGAUAAGCCUCCGUGUCGCGGCUGCUCGUCCCGCCUGCUGGAGCCCUACAUCAAGUGCGCCGAGUGCGGGCCGCCGCCGCUGCUGCUCUGUCUGCAGUGUUUCACCCGGGGAUUUGAGUACAAGAAGCACCAGAGUGACCACAAGUAUGAAAUUAUGACGUCAGACUUCCCCGUGCUGGAGCCUGGCUGGACGGCCCAGGAGGAGAUGGCCCUGCUCGAAGCUGUUAUGGACUGUGGUUUCGGCAACUGGCAGGACGUGGCAUAUCAGAUGCGCACCAGGAGUAAGGAGGAGUGUGAGAGCCAUUACAUGAAAAACUUCAUCAACAACCCCCUUUUCUCCUCCACCUUGCUCAGUCUGCGGCAGAUGGAGGAGGCGCGCACCGCCGACACAGCAAUCCCCUUCCGGCCCUCUGAUGACCCUCCCAGGCCAACCUUUGACUCAUUGCUGUCCAGAGACAUGGCUGGAUACAUGCCAGCGAGGGCCGACUUUAUGGAGGAGUUUGACAACUAUGCAGAAUGGGAUUUGAAAGACAUUGAUUUUGUGGACGAUGACUCUGACAUCCUGCACGCCUUGAAGAUUGCAGUUGUUGAUAUAUACCACUCCCGGUUAAAGGAACGACAGCGCAGAAAGAAGAUCAUCCGGGAUCACGGGCUGAUCAACCUGAGGAAGUUCCAGAUGCUGGAGCGUCGCUACCCCAAGGAAGUUCAGGAUCUGUACGACGUCAUGAGGCGAUUUGCAAGGGUGGUGGGGCCUCUGGAACAUGACAAGUUCAUUGAAAGCCAUGCACUCGAGUUUGAGCUUCGGAGGGAGAUCAAGAGGCUACAGGAGUACCGGAAGGCAGGGAUCCGGUCCUUCUGCAGUGCCAGGGUGUAUGAACGAAUGAAGCGCGUGCGGGAGGACGAGCGCAGGAAGAGGACCAUGUUGUGUGAUGUACUACAGUACAUCCAGGACGGUCGUGCCUGCCAACAAUGGCUGCACAAGCAGGCAGCUAUCGAUGCAGGGAUCAGUCCAGCGGUCACAUCCAUCUCCUCCUCAGCUACAAGCAGAAGAAGUGCCCCACCCCUCAACCUGACUGGCCUGCCAGGGACUGACAAGCUCAACGAAAAAGAGAAGGAGCUGUGUCAGGUGGUGCGGCUGGUGCCCGGUGCCUACCUGGAGUACAAGCAGGCCCUGCUGAACGAGUGCCGACGUCAGGGUGGGCUGAGGCUGGCGCAGGCCCGCGCCCUCAUCAAGAUUGACGUCAACAAGACGCGCAAGAUCUAUGACUUCCUUAUCAAGGAGGGCUAUAUAAACAAGGCCUAGGGCUCGCAUGGGCUGCAGAGAGAAUGUAUGAUUUCUUGCUGUGUGUGCUUUCAGACACAUGCAGACCACUAACAUUGUCUUACCCUUCUUUCAGGACAUUUUUAAGGUAUCUUAACAGAGGGCAUCAUUUCGGUCAUUCCCAAAGGGUGACUAUAGGAGGGUAUAAUGUAAAGAGUAGCUCUCGGUGCCUGGCUGCUACUUAGAACAAUUCCAUUAAUGAAGUUCUUCUGCCGGAGGGACCAGUUCCUUGUUCAGUGUACAAGUUUUCUACAUGUAUGAUGAAGUUUAUGGUAAAAUGUCAAAUAAGCUUAAUUUUACAACCCAUAAAUCCACAUAUGUACAAAUUGUUGUUGGUUUAGGCCCUGGAACUAUGGAUUAUUAUUUUGUUACUGUGAAAUUUUCCUUGUCAGAUGUUUGUUACUCUCUCUUUUAAGUCUAAAAUUGCCUUUUUAUUUAGUAUUGCACAAAAAUGAUUACUGUCUGGGUAUAUAUGUUUUAAUAAGGUACUGAGAGAUUGGCUGUUGAAAUUAAGCAUCACUCUCUGAAUUAUGUCUGUGUGAGUGUGAAAGGUAGUGAGCAUUUCGGUUUUUUGUAUGUAUGGUUCUUUACACAUUAUUGUAAUGGAUGAGAUAUGAAAGAUUGUUUUUAUUACAAAUGUUACUCUAUUAAAAUUGAGACACAAGCUGUAAAU